AUGUCCUGUCCCCGCAGCUGUCACCUCGGGGGGCUGGUGGCCCAGAGGACAGCCCUGGGCUGGCUCUCGGGGUGGGCCGAUAACUUCAGCGCAGCUGGCUGCGGUGGGUCGGAGGAGCAUGGCUUCCAGCACCCCUUCCUGCAGGCUGUGGGCAUGUUCCUGGGUGAAUUUUCCUGCCUGGGGGUGUUUUACCUGCUGGUGUGGAGGGAUCGACGGGGGCCGGAGCCCAGCAUGGCCCCGUCGCAGCCCUUCAGCCCGCUGCUCUUCUUGGCCCCCGCCCUCUGCGACAUGACUGGGACCAGUAUCAUGUACGUGGCCUUGAACAUGACCAGCGCCUCCAGCUUCCAGAUGCUGCGAGGAUCCGUCAUCAUCUUCACCGGCCUCCUUUCCGUAGCCUUCCUGGGCCGCAAGCUGGAGCUGAGCCAGUGGCUGGGCAUCCUGGUCACCAUCGUGGGGCUGGUGGUGGUGGGGCUGGCUGACCUGCACAGCUCCCACGACCAGAAACACAAACUCAGCGAGGUGAUAACCGGCGACCUGCUCAUCAUCAUGGCGCAGGUGGUUGUCGCCAUCCAGAUGGUGCUGGAGGAGAAGUUUGUCUACAAGCAUGACGUGCACCCGCUGAGGGCCGUCGGCACCGAAGGUUUCUUCGGUUUCAUCAUCCUGGCCCUGCUGCUGGUGCCCAUGUACUACAUCCCGGCGGGCAGCUUCAGUGGGAACCCUCGACGGAUGCUGGAAGACGCCCUCGAUGCCUUCUGCCAGAUCGGCCACCGGCCCCUCAUCGCCCUGGCUCUGCUGGGAAACAUCAGCAGCAUCGCUUUCUUCAACUUCGCCGGCAUCAGCGUCACCAAGGAGAUCAGUGCCACCACCCGCAUGGUGCUGGACAGCCUCCGCACCCUCGUCAUCUGGGCCGUCAGCCUGGCCCUGGGCUGGGAGGCCUUCCACGGCCUGGAGAUCUUGGGUUUUGGGGUGCUGCUGGUAGGUGCU